AUGAAGGGUUACUCGCAAAGGAGAAAGCGCUUAGUGAGAGAGAAAGGUCUCAAGAGGCCCAUUGUCAAAGAAGAAGAAGAACCGGAAUCCAAGGAAGAAGAAAGGCUCGUGGAAGAAGAACCUAAGAAAUUGAGCAUAGAGGAAGAAGAGGAGGCCCAGAGACGGAUGAAAAUCAACCAUGAUGAAGAAAAGGAGCGAAGUGGGAGAAUUUUUAUGGAAAGUAUUAUUGAAAUUUUAUCUGAUGAGAUGGAAAUUCAUCGGAUGAAGCAGAUUGCAAUUGAUCUUCUUGAAGGUUUCAAGACUGGGAUAAGAGAGAUGAAUGAUAAUAUGAAUAUCGCUUUACUUCAUAUCAAAAGUAUUAUUGCAAUUUUAUCCAAUGAGUUGGAAAUUCGGCGAAGACGAAUGGUGAAGGAUUGCACAGACUCUUGUUUUGAUUUUGAAUGCAUGGAAAAGAGAGAGCGCUUAAUGAGAGAGAAAGCUCUCAAGAGGCCUUUUCUGCAAGAAGAUCAAGAAGAACCUGAGAUGGAAGAAAGGGACGAAGAAGACAAAGUACAGGAAAGAGAGAGGCCUGUGGAGGAAGAACCUGAGAAUCUGAGCGUAGAUAAAAAAGAGCCUUGGAGACCGAUAGAAAUUUAUACCGAAGAUGAAGAACACCGAGCACCUGAGAAAUACGAGGAAGAAGAAUGGCCCCUGAAUAAUAUGCUCGAUGUACUUUGUGUAGUCAUGAAGCCUGAAUUGGAUGCUCGGUGGGAUGAGAAGAAUGCAGUUGGUCAUGGAGAAGAGAAACCCCAGAAGGAAGCAAAGUUGGUGGGUGAAAAUAAAGAUGAAAAAGAAUGGGAGCCAAAGAAAUCGAAUAAUUCUAAUAGGCAACCAAGUGCUGAAGACUCUCUGCCGGAAAUGCCGGAGGAGUUGAAGAAUCACAUCCAAGAAAUGGGUGGAAGGAGUGUGAAGUUCCUGAUGGAGAGGAGGAUGUUCAAGACUGAUGAAGGGAGCCACUUGCCGAUUCCCAUUCAAGAAAUACUAACAGAAGAAGAAGAGAGAAUGUUUUUGGGGGAAGGAAUAGGAAUGGAAGUGGAGGUUGUAGAGCCUUGUCUUCAACACGCUCACAUAGCCAUCAGGAAGUGGAAGGUGGGAAAGGGCCACAACUACGUCUUCGCAAACAAGAACUGGGUCAAUGUUGUCGAGAGAAAUGCACUCUGGAAAGGCACCGUAGUCCAGGUGUGGUCCUUUCGGAACAUGGAUUCCAAGCUGUGCUUUGCUGUCGUUAGGGUUUAA